GGGCAGCAGCCCCCGCGCCCGCCCGCCCGCCCUGCGGUCCGGUCGGUGCGCCGUCCUCUCCCGUCGCCCGCGCGGAACCAGCUCCCUGAGCUGCCCGGGCGGCGGGCGAGCGGCGAGCGGGCUUCGGCGAGCCCGAGGAGGCGCAGGCUGCCGCGGCCCCGCAGGUCAGUGUGGAGGUCUGCGUGUCAGUUCCUAGCACUCUGCAAGGCUAGAACAGGAGGAGGAACCUGUCCAGAAUCCCUGCAGUCUAUCCUUCAGGACAGGAAAAGGAAGUGGAAAUCUCAACAUGGAAAACCUCUACAGUGACAACGAAGGAAAGCUGGAGAGCCAGGGAAAGCCUGAAGGUGAAGUAGAGGCUGAAGGUGACGGAAGUUCAGAUGAGGAAGAAAGGCUGGAAGUGGGGAGGAAGCCAGGGCACGCGGGAAAGCUCCAGAAUGAGGGACAGCCAGAAGAUGAGGGGAAGCAAGAAAAGCAGGGCAAGGCCGGAGAUGAGGGAGAACCUCGCGGGGAGGCAAAGCCCGGGACCGAGCUGCGAGCCACGAAAAAGCGCCCGGCUGAAGAUUAUGUGCCCCGGAAAGCAAAAAGAAAAACGGACAGGGGCACGGACGAUUCCCCCAAGGACUAUCAGGAGGACUUCCAGGAAAGACAUCUGGGCAGUGAGGCGAUGAUGAGAGAAUGUGGAGAUGUGUCAAGGGCUCAGGAAGAGCUAAGGAAAAAACAGAAAAUGGGCGGUUUGCACUGGAUGCAAAGAGAUGCACAGGAUCCAUUCACCCCAAGGGGCCAACAGGGGGUCAGGGGAAUGAGGGGCGGAGGUAGGGGCCAAAGGGGCUUACAUGAUAUCCCAUAUCUUUAAUGACUGGGCCUUCAAUUCUGAUUUCUCUGAUGAGAAUAUUGCUGACUCUGCUUUCCCUGGCAGGCACUUGCCAGGCUCUAUGUGCUAAACCUUAAGCUGAUAACUUGCUUUAGGCGUCACUCUUGUUACCAGCAACCUUUUGAUCCAACUACAGUGCUCUCUGCCUUUCAGUGGGGGAUUUUCACCCAUGUGCAUGGAAGAGAUGUUCAUGGUACACUGGAAAAUAAUAAUAAAGUAAACAGUUUUCAGAACCACA